AUGGCAUCCGUGGAGCGGUGCGUCCUCCGCGAGUGGCAGAAGAACCAAAAGGGUGGACUGUUGGUAAACGAAGCGGCGUUGCAGUUCGUACGGGUCCUUCUCGGACUCCUCUCCCCCUCCACCCCCUCGCCGCGAGAAAUUGCUACCGCUGAACGGCGCGCCCUGCACAAGCUCUUCGCGUGGGUUUUCCUCGACUAUAGUCCGCACGGUUGUCUGUCGGCUCUCCUUGAAUCGGCCACCAGCAAGCAGUCGCAGCUGCUGCACAAGGCGGCAAUCUUUCGCGCGAUCGGGCCGCACGUACUCGAGCUGUGGAAGCAGCAACUACAGACCGAAGAUGGUGGUGACGAUGACGACGACGAUGCUGACCCGAUUGAGUUUCUUUAUGUCCGACACUCGCCCAAGCUGUGGCAUGUGUGGUUGGCUCUGUCUGCGGACGACCAAACGACAGCGCUUCUGCUGCUGCGUUGCCUGUCGGCUCUUCUCGAGCCGCAGCUACCGCACCAGUUGCCUCCGUCUCCGGCCACAGACCUGUACCGCAUGACCUACCCGGAAGGAUUUUCUAACCAGUCGGUUCGGAAGCUGUUGGAGGUUGCCGCCCGCUACCCAGAUCCGGCGCUCCGGGCCAGCGCUCUGCUGGCAGUGAGCGAGAGCGAGUGGUGCCCGCAUUUCGACGCGACUUGCAUGCAGGUGCUGGUGGAGCGCCUCGAGCAGGAAACGAACGAGGUGGUGUUCACCGCUGCCCUGCAUGUCGUUCAGACGCUGUCCUGUUACUGUGACUCGGCACAACUUCGGGCGCUCCUCGAGCUCUUCGGCCCUCGGUUGGUGGCAACGCUGAUCAAGCACGCCUUGCCCGGCACACCAGGAGUGCCUCCGCUGCUGGGCCUGUGCGUGGAGCACAUCAAGAACCACUACACCGACUCGUUGGCCCCCCUCGUGAGCCUCCUACCAGUCGAACUGCAGCAAAUGAUCGCCGCCGCUCGUGAAAAAGGGCUGAUGAUGGCGCGGACAGAUGAAGAGCUCCCAGAGGCUCUGGUCUGCCUGCGCACACUAACCAAGAGCCAACCGAAGGUGGCCAUACCCAUGGCCUUGGGGGGCAUUCAGCACUGGCUCGACCACAGCGGCCCCUGGCAAUAUAGAGUUGGCGGACUGCGAGUGCUCGCCAUUUUCCAGAGCUUCCCCUACGGCGGGCAUCUCGACCUGGUUGCGCCUCAUCUGGCCUUUGUGGAAGAAUGUCUGUACGACCCUGUGGUCAUGGUCCGCCGGACGAGCUGCGACACGGCGGGCAUGCGCGCGCAGCAGUUUCCUGAGCCAGACACGACAGUGCUCAAGCUGGCGGAGCAGCUGGCCGACCCCGCGGUUUGCGAGGCUGCCCUUGUAGCAAUCGAUCGGUUCCUCCCCCUGACGCAAUCCUCCCAUGGGGCCAUCGCCCAGGCAUGCCAAGGCGUACUGCGCCAGCCUCCGGGCAGGUCGUUCGAGCAGGCCAUCAGCGUCGUUCAACGCUGCCACGGUCUCAAUGAGCCGCAGCUGCACGCGGUCGUAGACCAGCUCCUGGAGUCGAGUGUCGGAACCCUCUCCCUCCGGGAGCAAGGAGCCGUGAUAGGCUUCUUCCAUUUCCACCGAAUCCGGGAGAGGGCGAGAGCGAUUGCCAGGAAAUGCGUGGAGAUUGUUUCGUCUGGGUCCGCUCCAUUGGUUGGUGACAAGAGCCACGAGCGCGCGCACCUGCUGGUUCGAAGUCUGGCACUGCUCCACGAGAUUGUGAAAGAGCAGGCGAUGACCCACCUUGACUGGGUGCCCGAUGGCGGCGAGUCGGUCCUGCUGCUCCGCCUGAUUGAGCUCCUUUCCGCCUGCGCCGACACUCCUCCUAUCGAUGGCCAAAGAGCACUGCUCCGAUUCGAUUUUUCGCCCGCAGGCCACCCGAGUGACAGAGUCCUAUCGGGGGUGAUGGCGGUGCUGCGGCUCAUCCUCGAGCGCCAUCGCGAGCUCGUGGCCGCCCAUUUGGAUGAGCUCAUGCCCGCACUCCUCCACGUACUGGAGGCUCACGGGGCCAAGCGUUCCCGAGACCUGUGCGUGUUUGUCGGCGCACUGGUCACGCAUUUGCCCACGGAGCUGAGGCCCCGGAUCAAGCACCUCUCCUAUGCGCUCGCGUCGCCCUGCCUUCUCCCGCGUCUGAACUCAAUGGCGCUCGAGCGCGAUUGGGAGGGCAUGCUGCGGUUGGGCCUCCACCACGCCGGCGACGUGGACUACUACCUCCUCCGGCUCCUCCCCGCAAUGCGGCUCAAGCACUUCUGGGCCACAUCGCAGUGCGAGCCCGCCGCGGUCGAGGGCAUGGCCAACCUGAUGCUGGCCCUGCUGCGCGACUACUGCGCUUCGCCCGAGGCCCGGUCUCUCCAAGACCGGGUGAGCAUGGUCCGGGCACUGGUCUACUGGCUGCGGUCGGCCGACCAGUCCUACGGCAUGCCGAACCCGACCCGCGAGCCCGCCCUGACGCGUCUGCUCGACAGGGCCACCGCGGCUCUGGUCGCCCUGCUCGAUGUGGUCCAUGAUGAUGAUGAACACAGCACGCAGGAGCUCUUUCAGCACCUGCGCAAGCUUGACGCCCACGAGCAGCGGCAGCUCAAGUACGCCUUCAACGCGCUUCUCCCUGAGGACCACCCAUGCCUCGUGUGGCGGGAGGCACACCUCGCCUUUUGGUGA